AUGGAUCUUUUUGGCGGGUCAAAGCCUUGGUCGGCUCUCGAUUGGACCUCAAGUGAUGAUAGAGUUAGGGGUGGAGCUUCCCAAUCAUACCUCGAAUGCUCAACUUCGUCUGUAGCUACAUUCAGUGGUACCCUCGAUAUUAAGACUCUCGGAGGUGCAGGUUUCGCAUCCCAAAGAACCACUGCAGACCAUACUUGGGACCUUACGGCCUUUGAUGGAAUUUUACUCGAUCUCGGAAAGAGUGAUCAAAAACAAUACACCUUCAUCAUCAAAGAUGAAUUGCUUCCCAAAAGUCCUAAUGGUAGAGAACAAAGUACUAUUAGCUGGGACCAAGAGGGGGAUUUUUCCCUGGCCAUCAUGUCAAUAUCCGCCACAAAAGACAAAGAGAAUAUCAAUACGCCAUAUCGAGAUGAUCCAAACGAAAAAGGUCACACGAAUCUAAGUUCGGGAAUAGAUGAAGCAAUCCGUACAAAGCGACAGAGCUGGCUGGGCUGGUUCUUUGGGUCAUGCAAUGUAUCAUAG